CACAGCUAUUUUACUAUUUUUGUUUUUCAUAUUAAUUUUUCUUCCAUAAAGCGAUGCCCACAGAAUCUUCACACAAAUCUUUCACAGUUACUCACUAACUCACUGACUCAUUCAUUAGCCGCACAUAACAAAUAAAUACCACCCUCUCCCACAUCCAUUCACAACACAAACCUAACAUAUGCUUCAAACUUCAAACUACGCAAUUCUCAGUUGCCAAAAAUGAUGCGUGUUAAAUAAGCUCAUGUUGUCACACCGUCAGACCCCACACCCAACACUGUCCUUGCACUCUCAGCACUCGACUCCCAACUCUUCUUGCGCUUCACAAUCGAGUAUGUCUCCUUGUUUACAGGCCCGCCUCGGGCCUCGACCGCCCUUCAACCGCCGCUCGUUUAAAAACCGCAUUAGCUAAAGCCCUUGUUCCUUAUUAUCCAUUUGCUGGAAGAGUCCGGCCCCAAGGCGCUGUCUUCCUCGAAGCCUCUUCCGAACGCUACAGUGUCAAUGAUUUCCAAAAGGCCCCCAAAACAGUGGCCCAAUGGAGAAAGCUCUUAUCCCUCUACGUCAUUGCUGUCCUCAACGGCUUGCCGAUUCUCGUCGUCCAGCUCACCUUGCUCACCGACGGGGCCGCCGCCGUCGGCGUCGGAAUCAAUCACUGCAUCUGCGACGGCAUCGGAGAAAUGUCAGGGUCUGGGUCUCGGUGUGAGUGUGGAUCCGAAGCCGAAACCGGUUUAUGAAAUGGGAGUUGGUUAUUUCAGGGAGAGGAUAUUGUUCCUGACUGUGUCGCAGUCUCCAAACGUGGAGCAACUAAGAACAAAGAUUUGGGGGUACAUUAUGGGAAAUGAGAGAUUGGAUUCGAACUAUGUGGUUCCACAAUGGGUGCCGCAGUUUGAGUGCAAAAGUGAAGGAGCUCGAACUCUGAUUGUUUUGGAUGAUUUGUGGACAUUCUCUGUGAUGGAGCAGUCUGUGAUAGAGCAGCUUGUGUGCAGAAUACCUGGUUGCAAGUAUCUUGUGGUGUCCAGAACUAAAUUCCAAACGGAACUGCUGUCUAUGGGCGAAAAUAACCGAUGUUGUUUCUCUUGACUAUAUUAUUGAGUGUCGCAUACUGGACCAAUGAUAUAGAAGGCAAAAAAUCCACAUGUUUCUGCAUUUAUCUUGGAACUAACCUCAUCUCUUGGCACUCCCAAAACUAAAAGGUAGUCUUCGUUGGAGUAGUAAGACUGAAUACAAAAUUUUAUCUACUGUUUUUAUUGAGAUACUCCGAAUAUAAGUUCUUCUUGCUAAACUUCAUAUCAAUGGAAGAAUACCAAAAUUAGGUUUUUUGUGAUGGUGAUGUCGUUGUUUGUGCUUGUGAUUUCCAAGUGUUUGUUUCGAUAUGGAUGGUGCGAUUUAGGACUUUCAUUGUGCGAUUUAGAGUUUGUUAAUUGGUUGCUCCUUCUCGCGAUGGUUCAUUCCUCGUUCUCGUGGUGGCACAACUUAGGGUUUUCAUUCUUCCAGAUUCGUGAUGUGCGUUGAUGGUUGUCGUGGUUUGUGAUGGCUCACGAUUUGGGAUUUUUGUGGAGGAAUGGAAGUUUGUUGUGGCUAGCGAUUUGGGGUUUGCGGCGCUGUGAAAAAAUAUGGUGGCUGAAAGCUAGAAGAAGAUUGAGAUAUGUGGUGGUUGUCAUAGUGAAUUAGUGAUUGUCGAUGUUAACGGAUGAUAGUGGUAGCACAACCAACAAUGGAAGAGGUCAUGGUGGCUGCCAAGGGUUUCUAGGUGUAUUGGAAAGAAGAUGAGAGGAUGUGGC